GUGAGCUGGAGAUCCUGCCUCUCAACUCCAGAGUGCACCGAGUGGGAGGAUCUCAUUCCAUCCCCGUGAGGUGUCGGAGAGGGGGGAGAAAAACAAAACUGAGGUUCAGACACCAGAAGGACACGUCGCUGGCUACUUGCACGGACCGGCAGAACCAAUGCGAAUCUCUUUAAAUCGACGAGGUAUGGGAAACUGCUUGGUAGGUGAUAGGAUUGAUCGUCGCUGACAAUGUCGGAGGCCAUUCGCUGCACACUGGUUAACUGUAACUGUGAGUGCUUUCAAGCAGGGAAGAUCAACGUGCGUCAAUGUGACCAUUGUAAACAUGGAUGGGUGGUACAUGCCCUGGACAAACUACGAGUGAAUCAUCUCUAUCAACAAAGCCAGGUUGAGAUAGUCCAGUCAAAUGUUGUGUUUGACAUUAGUAGUCUAAUGCUGUAUGGAACCCAGGCCAUUCCAAUUCGCCUCAAAAUCCUGCUGGAUCGUCUAUUCAGUGUUCUCAAGCAAGAAGAAGUUCUCCAGAUAUUGCACUCUCUGGGGUGGACACUGCAAGAUUACAUCCGUGGUUACAUUCUGCAGGAUGCCUCAGGAAAAGUACUUGAUCGGUGGAAUAUAAUGACGUAUGAUGAAGAAAUGGUCUCUCUGCAUCAAUUCCUUCGUUUUGGAGAAACCAAGUCCAUCGUUGAACUCAUGGCAAUUCAGGAAAAGGAGGGAAAUGCCAUUGUUGUCCCGUCUGCCAAGAGUAACUCCGAUAUCAGAGCAUUUAUAGAAAGCAGCAAUCAAACUCGAAAUCCCAGUCUGUCCAUGCAUUCGGAGAAAGUAAACCCAAACAGUGUUCAUCACUUUGAGAAAAUCGUGAACAACCUGGCUUUUAUGUUGCCCUUCCAAUUUUUUAAUCCUAUUCCAAUGCCUCUAUUAGGGACAUCUCCCAAUAGUUUCCUCCUGGAUCAGUCUCCAGAGAGACCAAGGGAAACCAAGCAAGAAAUUCCAAUUCCUAUCAGCAAGAGUUUUCUUAUAAGUACUGGUGCUGAUUCGUUUCAGAGUACUGAAGAAAACAGCCAGAAUUCCCAAGAUAAGAUUAACCUAGACCUGAAGAAUGACUCCACCAAUGACUCUAGCGUUGUGACAUCCCCUUCGCUGAGUGUAACACCAAACCAGGAGUUUGAACAAGCACAACUGCCCUCUCAUACCACCAGAGUCAAGUCCAUGGAAAAACCAGGCAACCUAACGACCAAGGGGCGAGUUUACUGCAGUGCAUGUGAGAAGACCUUUUAUGAUAAAGGCACAUUGAAGAUUCAUUACAAUGCCGUUCAUCUGAAAAUUAAACAUAAGUGCACUGUUGAAGGUUGUAAUAUGGUUUUUAGUUCUCUGCGAAGUCGCAAUCGCCACAGUUCGAACCCCAAUCCCAGGCUUCACAUGCCAACCAUGAAAAAUAAUCGUGACAAGGAUCUAAGAAAUUGUUCUUUGGCAACGGUUAUCCAAGUCAAUGAUAAAAGACUUGAUGCCAGCAACUGUUCUGGCACUGAUACCCGUUCUCUCACAGGAUUUGAUAACCCCCGUGCAGAGUCAAAUGUUCAGAGUAAUGCUCAGAUUAGUAUUGCGAGUGCUGGGCAUGGCGCAGCCUUUCAGAACCUGAAGACAGUGCAACCAGUUCUUCCCUUCUAUCGCAGUCUGGUAACACCAGCCGAACUCACCAUUCCUCAAGCAGUACUCCCAUCUUUACCGAAUGCAGCUCCUUCAAUCCAAGAGCAGUUUACAACAAGAGAGCGAAUAGCAGAUCCUGUGCCAAAAAAGAAAUCCCGAAAAUCCAGCAUGCCUGUCAAAAUUGAGAAAGAAACAAUGGAGGAACUGGAGGAUUCUGAGAGUGGAGUUUCUAACUGUGAUAUGGCUGCACAACUUAGAAGUGAUAACGAGUUCAAGAACAUGAAAUAUGACAUGGAAAGAACAGAAAGUGGUGCAAGUUAUUUGUCUGACAUGGAGGAACAGGACCCCAAAGUGCAACAGCAAGAUAUGAUGACCGCUGAUGCCCGAGCAAAUUCCAAUGGAAAAUCAGGCAGUGAUCCACACCACUUGGAGAACGGUGAUGCUUAUGUGAAAGCAAAAACUGUAAUAAUUUCAUCCUUUGGGGACGAGCAAAGGGAGAGUGAAACGGACACUGGCGAGAAUUUGUUAUCCAAAUCAGAAGGUUGGUUGCAGGCAGACCUGCUGAUGAACAAUUAUAAAGAAGUGCAGCACAGGCUGAUCAAUGGAGACUUCGGCAGGGCGUUAAUGCAGCAGAGGGCCAGAUCACUGUGCUUUGACAGCCCAACAGUGAAUGGCUGCACAUGUCCACAGCCAGAUACCGAUAAGGGGGAUAAUCAGGGUACUUCUAAUCCUAACUAUUGCUAUGUCUGCAAGAAGGUGUUUAAAAGUUCUUACAGUGUUAAAUUGCAUUACAAAAAUGUGCAUCUAAAGGAGAUGCACAUGUGCACGGUUGGAGGUUGUAACGCAGCUUUCCCUUCAAGGCGCAGUAGGGACAGACAUAGUGCGAACAUCAAUCUUCAUCACAAACUUCUGACCAAAGGAUCAUAUGAGACCCAAAAAAACUUCUUCACCACUACUCCUUUGUCAAAGGAACUUUGUGAAGAUCUUCUGGUGAGAACCCAAAUGGGACAGAGUCCACUCACAUUGAAAGGGAAGAAUAGAAAUGAACAUUUUGGGUUUUCUUUCCACACCACCCAAGAGCCAUCCAGUGAGGCCCAAGGAGGGGAUAGCUUUUACAAUGGGACUGUGCUGGAUCUGAGCACCACAUCUAGUGUCAAGUCUGGAAGCAGCAUCCAUUCUUGGGAUUCAGACGCUGGGAGUGAAGAAGGGGUUCCCGUAAAUAGUGAUGAGGGUUUUGAGCGGGCUGACAUAAUGGUGAAAGAUAAGUUAUACCAACUUUCUGCUGUGGUCGAGGAGCCUAUUGACUGUUUGUUACAAUCCUCUUCUACUAACUCACCCAUCAUGUGCAACAUUUGCCAGAAGAUGUAUAGUAAUAAAGGGACCUUCAGGGCUCAUUACAAAACAGUGCACCUUCGUCAGCUGCACAAGUGCAAGGUGCUUGGUUGCAACACCAUGUUCUCUUCUGUUCGGAGUCGAAACCGACACAGUCAGAACCCUAAUUUGCACAAAGACGUUUUCUGCAGCUCCAGUGAGAGUCACUGAACUUCUAACUCUUUUGGGAUGAUGGAUUUUGAAGUUAGUAUUGAUUUGUCUAUCUCAUAUUUGUAACAGUAAUAGAGGGAGAAUUUCAAACUCUUUCAAGAAACUGCCAAGACUUUGUAUUGCUCGGUGAUAUUGGCAUGUUUCUCUCCCUUCUCUGGUUCUCAAAAGUAAUGGAAUGCAGCUUUCCAACAUUCCUGUUUUAUAGGUGAUGAAGAUAGGAAUCAAAUGGACCCCAUCGUCCCCUGGACAUCAUUUUAUGAAUUAGAUUUUUUUUAAAGCAUGAAAGGUUCUUUGUUGCAAUUCUUUGAUUAUCUGGAUCAAAAGGCACUUUUGAUACUAGCUUUUGGCUCGCGCUCUGUUUGAUUAAAGAUGCCUUUUCAUGUGCACUUAUGCCAUCUUUUUCACAUUCCAGUUUCUUAGCUAAAGAAAUAGCUUUACGUACGGACAGGUAAAUGAGGCACAAACACACAAGCAGAUAUUUUAAUUUUCAAACAACCUAAAUCAUUCAACGGCUCUGAUUCUGAGUGCUGUGGUCACAGUUUUCUUGAAAUCUGUGAACGUAAUUCCCAAAACGUGUGCAAAAAAGAAAGAUUUUAUUAAGCUUCCUUUGUUUUUAAUAUUUCCUCCAUUUCAAUUGAAUGCAUUUAGGCAAAGUGAAGGAUCAGAAAGAAUUCUGGAAUUAGAACAGUGUUUUUCAGGUUGUUGUAAGGCUUUGUGGACUUACUGAAAAUUAAGAAUAUAAUGUGUUUUGCUGGUUGGUUUCUUAGUGCUUUAAGUUAUUUCCAUAGCAUUGUGAAUGUUAAAACAUUUUGCUUUUGUGAUAUGCAAUGAUAUUUGCUAUUGGGCCAUCUUAAUGCUCACAAGAAGCUUAAAAAUCACAGCUUGCCAAAGAUGUAUCCAAUGUGAUAGUCUGUAAAUAAAUCAACAAGUAAUAUUCUUGACCAACAAAUUCUGCUUAAAAUAAUGAACAAUUUUUUUGUUAACUACAAAUAUUUCUUUGUAAGAUUAAACAUGAUUU